UAGAUCAUCAUAAUCAACAAUUCAAUCUAAGAGUGAAGCAACCACAAAAGUGAACUACGAGGCUGCAAGGAUAAAAAGGCAUAGCCUAAAAGAAGAGGAAAAAAACUGUGAGAAGAGCACUUAGGUCUAGAGGAUAGAUGCACCAUAAUUGAUAGCCACCCAAAAAUGUGCUGAAUUUACAACAUGGAUGACAACUCUUUUAAAUGUUCCUUGUGCAGCUAUACAAGCAUGAAAAGUGUGCAAUUAAAAAGGCAUAUGUUAAAAACGCACACAGGGGAGAAAAAAUUAAAUUGUUCCCUGUGCAACUAUGCAAGUAUAAGAAAAUGGAAUUUACAAACACAUAUGUUAACUCACGCAAGUGGAAAACCAUAUAAGUGUUCCCAAUGCAGCUAUGCAAGUGUUACAAAACGGCAGUUAGAAAAUCAUGUAUUUACUCACACAGAAGAAAAACCAAUUAAGUGUUCCCCUUGCGACUAUGGAAGUAUUGUGAAAAGUAAUGUACAGUCGCAUAUGUUAACUCACAUAGGAGAGAAACCGUUUAAGUGUCCCUUGUGCAUAUUUUCUAGCACUGCAAGGGCACACCUAAAAAAACAUAUGCUAAAUCACACAGGUGAGAAACCAUUUAAGUGUUCCUUGUGUGAUUAUGGAAGUAUUGUGAAAAGUAAUGUACAGAGGCAUAUGUUAACUCACACAGGGGAGAAACCAUUUAAGUGUUCCUUAUGCAUCUAUUCAUGCACUCGGAGGAUGUGUCUAAAAAGUCAUAUGUUAACUCAUUAUGUGAGUUAAUAUUCAAUGCAUCUGUUAAUGUGCUCAUAAGGUGCAUCUAAAUACUCUUGUUAAGGACUGUGCCUGUGCAGCUUUAAGUAUACUUCAAGUUCAGGCUUAAGAAGACAUUUGUUAACUCACACAGUUGAAAAACUAUUUGAAUCGUUUCUGUGCAACUUUAAGUGUACUGAAUCAGAAUUAAAAGUGCAUACGUUAACUCAUAGGUGAGAAACCAUUUAAGUAUUCCCGGUGCAACUUUAAGUCGAAAUAAUGUCAGUUAAGACACAUGUCAACUCACAGGUUAGUAACCAUUUAAGUGGUAGCUGUGCAGUUUUAACUGUACCUUAAGUUCGUGUUUAAGGAGCCAUAUGUUAACUCACAUAGGUUAGAAAACAUGUCAAGUUUUGUGUGCAACUGAAUUUACUAGCACUCUUUGAGAAACCAUUUGAGUCUACCUAAUUGAUAUAAUCCUUCACUAAGAGGGUGAGUCUAAACACACACAUUAAUUCACAAAGGUAAGAAAUGAUUUAAGAUCUGUCUUGAGUAGCUGUAACUAAAAUCAAUGAACACAAUGCCAUAAAAUAAGAAUAAGAAUAUAUUUAUUCAUAAAAGUGUUACGUACAUAUUUUUAAACAAGUUACAAGAAUUGUAAACUAAUAACUUAAGUAUCAAUUUAACAAUAUUUAGUACUUAACACACAUUUAAAUAUACCACUUGCAUGAUGACUCUUACAUAAAUAAUCUAAAAGUAAAACAGGAAAUACUUCAGUUAUAUGAUUAUACUACCAAAUAUUUUAAUAAAACAUACUUUUAUGAAUAUAUAGGGCCUCUAAAGGCAAAGCCUGUGCAAAGAUUCCUUCAUAAUAAAUUAAAUUCAUGACAGCUCAGAUAGAAUGUUGACAAUUAAUUUUGAUUAGAAAAACUCCUGUUUAUCAAAUAUCUAUGUUACUUCUAAAUGUAUACUUAUGUGCAACUCUGAUCCGAAUAAAACGUUUUAAUUAAUGGUAUGCAGAAAACAAUUUAUAUUCUGGUUACUUAAUAGCCAUAAUUUCAAUAGUUUUGAAAAUUAUGUAUAUUUUUUAAUUAUUUAUAUCUUUUGGUAUUGUAUUAAAUAUGUUAGGUCCUAAAAACAAUAGCUUUUUCUAAAAAUAGUUAAAUUAGGUUUUGGAACUGCUACUUUGUCUUUGUGCCUUAAUUUAUUUUUGUAGAUAUUAAUUAAUACAGGCAAAUUACCACUAGUGACAUAAAAUAUUUUUAAAACCUUAUACACAAACAAAUAUGUAAUGGAAAAAUUUUUAAACUUAUAAAUAAUGGAUGAGAUGGCUCGUAUCCACAUUUUCUUUUAACUAAUCGAAUGAAUUUCUUUUGUUGCAUUAGAAGAGGCUUUAAAUUCGUUUCAUAGGUUCCACCCCAGCAAAAUAUUCCGUAUUCUAAUCUACUCUUUACUAAUGAAAAAUAUAACAUUCUUAUAACUUCCUCUGUAUACAUAUUUUGUAGAAAAUAAAAGGUUCUUAAAACACCAUUAAGCUUUUUAUUUA